GUCGCUGGGUGCACAAAUUUUUGGAGAAAAAGGAAAAUUGGAUUAUCCUAAAUAGAGAUAUAGAGGAGAAUACGGUUAAACCUGCUGCUCCACAACUGAAUAACUGCCCAGGAUUGCACUUACUCAAGGGCCGCCUGUGAUUGGCCAUCACGUGAUGGCAAUUUUCUGGAAGGCGGCGUGAACUUUUCGAGAUCCACUGCGAGUCUAUGACUGACCUCCAUUGACCAGGACAAGAGAAGAACUCGUCGACUCUCUCGCCGGCUUUCCCCACGAACUUGUUCUGUACGACAACGCCAUGGCGUGGAACUCUCCCAAAGUCGGGAUCCUGGGUGGCGGGCAGUUGGGCCGCAUGCUCACAGAAUCAGCCAAUCGACUGAACAUCGAAGUGCAUAUUUUAGACGCCGAAAAUGCACCGGCCAAGCAAAUAAGCGCUCAUGAGAACCACACCGUCGGUCACUUCAACGAUCAAGAAGCUGUGCAGGAGCUCGCAAAGACAUGUGAUGUGGUCACUGCAGAAAUUGAACAUGUCAACACUCAUGCGCUGGAGGCAGUGGCCUCGCAAGUCAAGAUUGAGCCCUCUUGGCAGGCAAUCCGCAUUAUCCAGAACAAAUACGACCAGAAAAGACAUUUGUCAAAAUUCAAUAUCCCAAUGGCUGAUUAUGCCGAACUUGUGGAGAAUACGCCGGAGGAGCUCGCCAAGAUUGGAGAACAGUUGGGCUUUCCAUUGAUGUUGAAAUCUAAAACCUUAGCUUAUGAUGGACGAGGGAAUUAUCCUGUCAGGUCAAAGGACGAAAUUUUGGCAGCCCUCGAAGCGCUGAAGGAACGUCCAUUAUAUGCAGAGAAAUGGGCCAACUUUAAGAUGGAACUGGCUGUUAUGGUUGUGAAAACAAAAGACACCGUUCUCUCCUAUCCUACCGUAGAGACAGUCCAAGAAGACUCAAUAUGCAAGCUUGUCUAUGCACCGGCCCGCAAUGUGUCAGACACUAUCAACAAAAAGGCCCAAGAGCUAGCUCGCAAUGCCGUUGCUGCCUUUGAGGGAAAGGGUGUUUUUGGCGUUGAGAUGUUCCUGCUUGAAGACGACUCGAUUCUACUCUGUGAAAUUGCAAGCCGAGUCCACAACUCCGGACACUACACUAUUGAAGGCUGCGGCCUCUCUCAAUUUGAUACCCAUCUCCGCGCAAUUCUCGACCUCCCAAUCCCUGCUCGCAGCGUGGAGCUCCGCCAGCCCUCCAUUAUGCUCAAUAUUAUCGGUGGCGCCACGCCGGAUUCUCAUUUGCAGGUGGCAGAGCGUGCCCUUUCGAUCCCCAACGCCAGUAUACACCUAUACAGCAAAGGAGCCGCCCGGCCUGGACGCAAGAUGGGGCACAUUACUGUAACUGGCGCGACGAUGUACGAUGCAGAGACCACCAUCCAGCCCCUGAUCGACACGGUCGACGAGAUUCGGGCGCAGCGCAAAGAUAUCAAAACUCCCGCAGCGAAGCCCAGCACAUCUCAACCCACACCUACAGUGGGAGUUAUUAUGGGCUCAGACAGUGAUCUCAAGACGCUGGUGCCGGGCCUCAAGCUUCUUAGAGACUACUUUGGUAUCGACCCCGAAGUUGAUAUCACAUCAGCACACCGCACCCCCAACUACAUGGCGGAAUAUGCCUCGAAAGCAGCGUCACGGGGUAUCAAAGUUAUCAUUGCAGCUGCUGGAGGUGCAGCUCACUUGCCUGGUAUGGCAGCAGCUCAUACAGCUCUGCCUGUUAUCGGUGUUCCAGUGAAGGGCAGUGCUUUGGACGGAGUGGACAGUUUAUACAGCAUUGUGCAAAUGCCACGAGGGGUACCCGUGGCCACUGUUGGCAUUAACAAUAGCAUCAAUGCUGCAUUGCUCGCUGCCCGCAUCCUAGGUUCGUACGAACCGGCAGUUCAACGAAAAGUUGAGCAAUAUGCGGACAACGCCAAGGUUGAAAACCUAGAAAUCAAGGGCGUUAAGAUCAAGGAAAUUGGGUGGCAGGCAUAUUUCGAGCAGAUGUAGACGAUUGAAUUGUAUUCAGAUGUUACGGAAAAUGAGAUAGACCGAGAACGAUGAGAUGCAUGUACUUUUGAUCUAUAAAAUAAUA